CCAGAGCUGCUCAGUUCAGUCGCUGAGAAACCUGACAAACCUGUGCUACUUGGAAGAAGCCAUCCUCUGGACGGAGGAAGAUGGGUGACAACGACACGUUGACCCUGCUCAGCCACAGCAUGCUGUCCACAGCUCACUCUCUGCUGAACGAUGAAGAACCCACCACUUUUGACUAUGGGGACAAUGGUGUCCCCUGCAGAAAAGAUGACGUGAGACAAAUCGCCUCCCGGCUCCUGCCUCCGCUCUACUCGCUGGUGUUCAUCUCGGGCUUUGUGGGCAACCUGCUGGUCGUCCUCAUCCUGAUCAACUGCAAGAAGCUGAAGAGCAUGACUGACAUCUACCUGCUCAACCUGGCCAUCUCGGACUUGCUCUUCCUGCUGACCCUCCCCGUGUGGAUUCACUCUGCCACCGAUGAGUGGGCCUUGGGGAACGUCAUGUGCAAAGUGUGCACAGGGAUGUACCACGUGGGAUAUUUUGGGGGCGUCUUCUUCAUCAUCCUCUUGACCAUUGACAGGUACCUGGCCAUUGUCCAUGCCGUGUUUGCUUUGAAGGCCAGGACGGUCACGUUCGGGGCGGUGACGAGCGGGGUCACCUGGGUGGUGGCCGUGUUCGCCUCUCUCCCAGGAAUCAUCUUCACCAAGGCCCAGUUCGAAGAGUCCGCUUACUCCUGUGGCCCUUAUUUUCCAGUCGAGUGGAAGAACUUCCAUGCGAUAGUGAGGACCACCUUGGGCCUGGUCCUGCCGCUGCUCGUCAUGGUCGUCUGCUACUCGGGCAUCCUCAAGACCCUGCUCCGGUGUCGGAACGAGAAGAAGAGGCACAAGGCCGUGAGGCUCAUCUUCGUCAUCAUGAUCGUUUACUUUCUCUUCUGGGCGCCCUACAACAUCGUCCUGCUCCUGGACACCUUCAGUGGCUCCUUCGGCCUGAAUAACUGCAGCAGCUCCAACAGGCUGGACCAGGCCAUGCAGGUGACGGAGACGCUGGGGAUGACCCACUGCUGCAUCAACCCCGUCAUCUACGCCUUCGUCGGGGAGAAGUUCCGGCGCUACCUGUCUGUGUUCUUCCGAAAGCACAUCGCCCGGCGCCUCUGCAAGCAAUGCCCGGUGUUCUACCGGGAGGCGGUGGACCGCAUGAGCUCAACGUACACCCCGUCCACCGGCGAGCAGGAGGUCUCGGUCGGGUUGUAG